AUGCCGGAGCUUGUGGCUCGUCGUCGCCCACGCGACAAGAGCUGUUGCUGGGCCAUUCCUCCUACGGAGGCAUUCUGCGACAAGCGCAUGGCUUGGCCUGAAGCUCCUGCUUGUGCGGCUACGCUGUAUCGCCGCGCCGGACGUGAGCUCACGACGAAGGAGGUGCGCCAGCUUGGUGUCGUGCACGGCAAACCCGUGCCUUCCGGGUACUUCGUACUGGAGCAGAGCACGAUCGGCCCUGCCCACACGGUCAGCGUUGUGCGCUCGCCGGACGAGCCCGGCAAGCGCAUGCUCUGCAUCGGAGGGGUUGUCUAUCGUGGAAUUCUCCACGACUUCACACCCUCCGAGCCGCAGGGCAACACGAGCUUCCGCUCAGGCUUCUGUAGCUACCCCGGAGAGCUCCAGGGAUGGAGCGUACGCGACCUGUUGCAGCACCACGGGCACGCCUGGGGGCGCCAUGCUGCCGCCUUCGCCCUAAAAGACGGCGGAGACCUGCGCCGUGCACUGGACCCUGAGGAUUUUGGGGCGACAGUGGGGUGGCGCUCAGAGGGCCCGCUUAUUAAGGCGCCUCUCGAUCAGCUCCGGAGGCAGAUGCCUUACGUCCUCCAGGUGCUGAGGCGACGCGGCGGUUGUCCUACUUCGAACCUCUUCUCGAAGAUUCGAAACGGCCUGAAGCGUCCCCUCGCGCACGAGCUGAAGAACGGCCGCCUUCGUUUCUUCGGGGCCCCUCAUUGUCUGAGCCAACAGUUGCACGGAGAGGGCUACUGCUUUGACCAGUGGAUCGCAGAUCCCGAGCCCAAGCCUGCGACGCUUUCCGCAUGGCACAUGGGGCUCGAGGGGAUCGCGACCAUACACGCCCUGUGCACGCUUGGCUACUCCCCGAGCGGGGACCCCAGCGGAGACGCCGACGUUCUAGUCGCGAUCGACAUGUUCUUCUCCGCCGGAGAGCUACUUCCGCUCAUCGAGGGCUGGAUCAAGGCUCGCCCCGGGGACCCCUGGGUCAGCCGCCUCAAGAAGACGGCUUGCCGCCAGAUCAGAAACAACAAGCAGAACUUCGCUCUCGCCAAGAAGGCGGUUGCUAACUGGGCCCAGGGUCACCCGAACGAGGACCUUCUCCAGCCACUCUGGGAUCGGAUCAACACGGUCGACGACUGGCCGGAGAUGAAGCAGUUCAUCCAGCGGCAGGCUGAUUUUGCGAUGCACGAGUGCGCCCGCGGGUCCGCGUCAGAGAUGGGGCAUAAGAUCGCGCGCGACCGCCUCUGGGAGUCCGUUAGCGGCGCUGCGACCGCGACUGUACCAACGUUUCUCGGAGGAGAAUCGAUGGAGACUCGAAUCCACAUUCUCGUCGAGCUGGCCACCCGGGCGAAGGGGGGCCCAAAGAUCCUGAAGAUCGUCGAGGCGAUCGACUCCAUGGAGGCAAUGACCUUCGCGAAUCUUGAGGACGCCGGCUGCAAGGCGCGCGACCUGCUGAUUGAGCGUCUCAAGAAGCUUCGAGGCCCAGCACGCGAGACCCUGAUCAAGCAUGUCCAGCCGUCGCGGGAAGGGUGGAAGGACCGCAUCUUUGAGCUUCAGCAGAUGUCCUCGCAAUUCCUCUCCGUCCCCGCGGUGAAGCAUCUGCAGCGCCUCGUGAAGAAGAGUGCGGUCAUGAUCAACAAGAUCGCCCGGUUCUGCGCAGGACGCUACGUGACCGAGGGCUAUGAGGUCGCGAAGUUGAUCCACGACUCUCUCACUCACAUCGACGAGGAGAUCAUGAAGCCUUGCGACGUCUACUCCAAGAAGCCCGGAGGCACGGAGCUCACGCGGGAGCUUCUCGCCACGGUCCACGAGACCGGCGGUUCGGGGACGCGGAGCUCACGCGUGGAGUUUGCGCAGGCUCCCCCGAGCGCGGAGAAAGGAGGCAACGGUACGUGGACCGCCGAGCGCCAGACGUGGACGGACUGCCAGCGCGACGUUGCCCCCGGUGACCUCUCCGCCCCCUUCCCCCUCGCAGCGGGUCUUGGUGAGCAGAUCGCCGCCGCGAUUAACGCAGGGAGUUCAGGAG